CCUUCUUGCUAUGUGGAUUACGGCUCUCGCUGCCUACUGCAUUCCUGCUGCUGGAAACGAACACUGAAGCAUCCCAAAGCAUUUUUACUGGAGUGUAAGGACUUUUAAUAGCACUUCUCUUGAGCCGGCGGUAGACAGACUAUUGCUGUUAACUCAGAUAAGCAUGGAUAUGAACGGACGUGGAAUGCCUCCAUCGAUACCUGAGGAUGGAGAAGCCGUACACCAUGGUCCUCACAGCGAGAUGAACGGCUACCAUCAGAGGCUUCAGGGCGGUGGAGGAGAUGGAGCAGAGGAUGAGGUCCCCGUGUCCAAAUCACAGAGGCGGAAAAGUGAUGUGAAAGUCUACAAGGAGUUUUGUGAUUUUUAUGCUCGCUACAACAUGGCCAAUGCACUGGCCAAUGCCAUGUGUGAGCGCUGCAAGAGUGGCUUUGACCCAGUAGAGAAGAUAGUGAACAGCAACGGGGAACUGUACCAUGAACAGUGCUUCGUGUGUGCCCAGUGUUUCCAGCAGUUCCCAGAGGGGCUCUUCUAUGAGUUUGAAGGCAGGAAGUACUGUGAGCAUGACUUCCAGAUGUUGUUUGCACCUUGCUGCCACCAGUGUGGUGAGUUCAUUAUUGGCCGUGUGAUCAAGGCAAUGAACAACAGUUGGCAUCCAGACUGUUUCUGCUGUGAUAUCUGCCAGGCUGUGCUCGCAGAUGUUGGAUUUGUUAAGAAUGCUGGAAGGCAUCUGUGCCGUCCAUGUCACAACAGAGAGAAAGCUCGGGGCCUCGGCAAGUACAUCUGUCAGAAGUGCCACGCCAUUAUUGAGGAGCAGCCUCUGCUCUUCAAGAACGACCCCUACCACCCUGAUCACUUCAACUGCAACAACUGCGGUAAGGAGCUGACAGCUGAUGCAAGGGAGCUGAAGGGGGAGCUCUACUGUCUACCCUGCCACGACAAGAUGGGCGUCCCGAUCUGUGGAGCCUGUAGGAGACCCAUUGAAGGCCGUGUGGUUAAUGCAAUGGGCAAGCAGUGGCAUGUGGAGCAUUUUGUGUGUGCUAAGUGUGAGAAACCUUUCCUGGGACACCGUCACUACGAACGCAAGGGCCUGGCCUACUGCGAAACGCACUACAACCAGCUGUUUGGGGAUGUUUGCUACCACUGCAAUCGUGUUAUUGAAGGCGAUGUGGUGUCUGCUCUUAACAAGGCGUGGUGUGUCAACUGUUUUGCAUGCUCUACUUGCAACACCAAGCUCACCCUGAAGAACAAGUUUGUGGAGUUUGACAUGAAGCCGGUGUGUAAGAAGUGCUAUGAGAAGUUCCCUCUGGAGCUGAAGAAGAGACUGAAAAAGCUGUCUGAAACUGUUGCAAGGAAGUAAAAACACAGUGGAGCAGCUGGAGAGGGAAAGAUAGAUGAGACCAUGAGGUGGCCAUGUACAAGCCCAGAAUUACAAUAAAGAAUUUGUGUGUUUUGCAACUGCUAUGUUGCAUUUAGGUUGGUUAUAGCUAGAAAGCAUUGCACUUUCAAUUUCAUGUGCCUGCAGCCGGCAGCUCCGCAGUCACAUUUUCGGUCAGACAGCUUUAACUUUGUGCCUUGUACCAUUUUUGCAAAAUUGCUCCACUACACAUGCCUGCUAAUUUCCUGUAUUUAAAAAAGUGACAUAUGAGUUUUAAGAGUACAUAAAAAGCCAGAGGUAAUAUGAUGACUUGAAAGCUUUGCCGCCACCUUGUCUUGUGAUGCCAAAAAACCUUUAUUGAAAAAUAUUACUGCUUCAUUUCUAUAACAAUCAAGUAAGCCCAAAGAAAGAAAAUGUCCUAAAUGUGUAAAUAACCUCAAAUAUUUCCAACUUGUAUCAUUUUAUGUAUUAGUAGUGUUUAUUUCCAUUAAUAUUAUGCAUAAUAAGUAUUUUAUCUGCCUUUUUUGGUUUGUUUUUUGGACCUACAUUUUAAUAUUACACAACGUGCUACAGAGUUGGACUCGACCAUCACCUGCAGUAUGUUGGAUUGCCUUGUUACUGUAUGUGCUAUGCAUCUUUGUGUGGCAUGAUCUCUGUGCAAAUUGGUAUUUAUUCAGCAUUUUUUUGCGUUUACAAUCUGAAUUAAUCUAAUAGAGCCAAAGUGCCGAGGGCGAAAUUUAGAUUUAUUAAAUACAUGUGAGUGAAUAACUGUUACCUGUCAGUGUUCUAUAAAACAAUCCCUCCCCCGUCCCGAUGUGCUGUCAACAAAUAUUGAUCAUAACAAGCAUCUGAGCCACAGGAUUUAUUGAAUGGUUACUGCAAACUCAGUGUGUGUUACAACAUGACGGCUUGUGGCAUGUACAGAGACCGGAUGUGGGAUUGAUGUUGAACAUUUGAACGUUUCCUCUGUUGUUUGUAAUCCAGGGAAAGUGAUCCUCUUAGGGAGGUGUACCGACUUCCUCGGGGCUCAGACCCACUUAGGAAAGAAAGCCAAACUGGUCUCAUUCUUGCAGAAUGCUUCACAUGACCUGCAUUUUAUCACAAAGCUUUGCUUAAAAUACAAGCUCUAUAGAUAAACACAUUCCACUAUUUUAUCAUUAUGAAGUGUAUGUUACUGCUGUGCAUUUCUGUGCAGAUGGCACAACUUUCUCUAUGUCAUAUAGAAGUAAAACUAUCCCCUGGGCUGAUUGUUGUGAGGCAGAACUUCGGCACCUCGAGCCACAAAUAGUUCAGUGCAUGGUUUUAUUUGAUACUUUACUACUCUGAUGGACUGAGAUGACUCUGUGCAAACAGAUACUGCUCUGAUACUGGAUAUCAUCAUUGCAAUGUUUGUGAGCAGAUUUAUUCAUGUUAACACACCAAAGUGCAUGUUCUUAACUUGAAAUUUGGGAAACUUGUUUCUUAUUAUAUUUAAUGUCAUUCUGACACUUCAUCGGAAUAAACACAUAUGUCAAUGCUA